AUGAUUCAAGGGGUACUUGGUGAUGCAGCUAUUCGUCAAUGUGCCGUUGCAAUGAGUGUACUUAUGCUGGAGGCAGAUUUCAAGCUUCAAUCUACGACAUGUCUUCCGUCUUCUCCGUAUGAUGAUGCCAGACAUAAACUCGCAUUAAAGAAAUAUGGGAAAGCCUUGUCUUCUGUGCGAGAGCUACUGUCUCAUAGUGAUCCACAGUCGGUUCAAGCUGCUUUGCUAUGUGGUAUCAUUUGUAUCUGGUUCGAAGUCCUAAUUAAGGAUCAUCUAAGUGCUUUAAGUCACCUUGACCGGUGUCUGAGUAUAGUUCAGAUGUCACGGUUCCGGGGUAGAGGAGAAAUCGACGUUGAUAUCAAAGAAGCCUAUGUAAAACUUGACAUACAAGCGGCAGUUCAUGUUGGUGCAUGGUCGCCUGUUCUUCUCGUCAAAAAGACAAAGUCAAUCCCAUAUAUAUUCGACACAUUUGAAGCAGCCGAGCAGAUGUUCAAUGCAGAGUAUGCUAAUCUCAUAUACCUUUCACGCAGGCUGACUUCAACAUAUCGCUACCACCAGCCAGAUGGAAUUCCCCUAGAGCUGCUCGCAAAUGCCCAGUUAUUGCAGGAACACCUGGAACAAUGGAACUCGACCUUCAAUUCUUCUUAUUCCUGUCAGAAGGCACAAGGAGAUCCCCGCAUGACUUCACAGGUGUGCCUACUGUUGAUCCACUAUCACAUGGCCGUCAUAACCGCCUCAACAUGUCUAUACGCCGAGGAAAUGAUCUACGAUCGGUUCUUGCCUAAUUUUAAUUAUAUGAUACGCCUCGCAGAUAAGCUAGUAUCGUGGUGGCACAAUCAACCUGCAGGAAGCACUCUAGGAGUUCCCGUGGACAUGGGCGUCGUUCAACCUCUGUACAUGAUUGCCACUAAGUGUCGGACCACCUCGCUUCGUCAGAAGGCGAUUCGCAUGCUGCUUGCAAUGCCAAAUAACGAGGGAGUGUGGGAAGGUCCCAUCGUGGCUUCGGUGGCACAGAGAGCAAAAGAUAUCGAGGAGCUGGGGUUGGACGUUGAGAGAGAUGGUGUGCCUGAAUUCCGCAGGAUACAUGCAAUUGGGUUUGAGGUUGCUCAGGGAACUGGCCGGGUCCAUGUAGAAUUCCGCAGACGUCCAAAUGGGAUGGAUGGCGAGUGGGAGUGGUGGAAAGAAUGUCUAUCUUAUUGA